UUACAUAUAAAUAUGGAGUCUACUUCAUGAAAAAAGAAAUAACUUCAAUUCCAACAAUAAUUACAUAUCAACACAAUGUCCUCAUUUUUCCUAAUCGAUCAGGAACUGCACUAAUGGUGUAAACAUCCUGUCGCCAUUUUUACAGAGCUUUUCCGGCCCCCCAUAUCUAUAUUAUAUUGAUCUCUUUCUCUCUAUCUAUCUGAAAUGGCGAAUAUGGUUCCGGCGAGGUUCAAGAGGGUAGCGGAAGCCUUCGACGAGGCGGCUCUCACAAUAAAGUCUCGGCCUCCGUGCGGAAGCAGCGGCAGCGAGCACUCUGCCGCCGCCGCCGAAAGCUUGACGGAUGUUGAUUUCUCCGGCCUCGUGAAUUCGUUCAUGUGGGAGGGGCGAGUUGAGUGGGCCGAUGAUGGCGGCCGGGACGACGAGGAUCGGACGGAAGACGAGAAUUACUGCGACGACGUCGUGGAAGCUAAGGAUGCUUUGGAGAGGCUGUUAAGGUACGAGGACGGAGAGAAUGGCGUAAGACAGAGGAGGUUGUUUGAGGACGUGGAAAUGGCUCGCCGGCAGGAAUCCGGGGAUCUUUCUUCGCCGGAGUUUAAACGACGGUUGAUGGCCCGGUUGCGCGGUCAGGGAUGGGAUGCCGGUCUAUGCAAAACAAGGUGGGAGAAGAAGGAAGGCUGCCCUAACAAGGGAGAUUACGAAUACAUAGACGUAAACAUGAACGGAGAACGUUUCAUUAUAGAAGUAGACCUGAGAAGAGAGCUAGAAAUCGUGAGGCCGACAUCGGGAUACUGUUCGUUGCUGGAAUUGUUUCCCGAUGUGUACGCGGGGAAGACGGAAGAGCUGAAGAAGAUUGUAAGGAUAAUGAGCAAUGAGAUAAAGAGAUCAAUGAGGAAAAUGGGGAUUCAUGUUCCUCCAUGGAGGAGGCAUUCAUACAUGCAAGCCAAGUGGUUCAGUUCUUAUAAGCGCACAACCAAUGGGAUCUCAGCAGCUAAUCACAAAGAGGCUUCAUUUUCUACUACUUCUACUUCUUCAAGAAGGGUUGGAUUCUACCCAAGGCCAGAAAUUUCAUUCAAAUGCAGAGAGGUUUUUGGGAUGAGGAAUAAUGGUUUCAGAGUUGGGAAUUUGGCUGCUGCUUUGAGUGGGGGCUAAGUUACUAACUUAGCUACCUGCUUACUGAAUUGUUUUGCGCUUUUACUUGAAUGAUGGGAAAUUGUGUAUACUAUCGUAUAUAUUAAGUAGAUUUUGUUUUCUUAAAGCUUAUUGUUUGUUUAAUAUUCAAUAUAGCUAGUCAGGGAAAUAAUUAAGUUUUGUUGCUUAUAUAUAUGAGGAUGGAUUAUCCUUGCAUUAUUGUAAUCUCUCUUUAACGUGUACAUUACUACGUAUAUAGUAGACAAUGAAAUCAACCCAGUUUUCUUU